UUGGGCAUUUACGUUGUGAAUUGAAUCGAAGAUGCAUGAAAUCGUAAAACAUGAUAACCGCUAUCACACUCGAAGUGCUGUCAAAAAUAAAACAAUAUUUUGCAUAGAACAGGUUCAAUAAACUGGAAUAGCGACUUUUAGGGGGUACGGUUCCCUCAUGCCGACUGUAUUAUAUCGUGAAAACCAAAAGCGGUCGCGAUGAAACCAGCUAGACAUGUCGCAUUACCUACAUCACUGUGUCACAAUGUCCUUUCUCGAAAGUGCCUUUCGUGCUCUCGGACUGUUGCAUAAUCUUCUUAGAGGAAUCGAACAAUAGCCAUCACGAACAUGAUCAAGAAGUUGAUCUGGCAAAGCAUUUUGUAAACAUCGUCCACGGAUGUUGUCACCAGAAGUCCGUCAUGAGUAGGCGCUAUUCGCGAGUGGAAUCCAGCUCGGAUCUCCUGGCAUUUCUGGAUCGUGGACAUUCCGCAAACACUGAGAACCGUUGGACUUUCGAGAUCGCAUGGGAAGUAGCCAACAAAGUCGGUGGAAUCUAUACCGUCAUCCGAUCGAAGGCUUUCGUUUCCACGGAAGAGCUAGGAGACCAAUACUGUCUGAUUGGUCCGUAUAACGAUGCAUCCGCCCGAACUGAAGUGGAGGCUUGUGAAUUUCCGAACAAUGGUCCGUUGUAUGGAGCGGUACAUGCAAUGCGCAACCAAGGAUUCAAGGUGCACUGCGGCCGUUGGUUGGUGGACGGUAAUCCACAGAUCAUUUUGUUCGAUAUCGGAUCGGCCGCCUGGAAACUGGAUUCCUACAAGCAUGAACUCUGGGAAUCAUCCAACGUAGGAGUACCUCAUCUGGACAUUGAGUGUAAUGACGCUAUCAUUCUGGGUUACACCAUUGCUACUUUCAUAGCUGAGUUCAAAAAUUGCGCCGAAAAAUAUUCCCAUGACAACGAGUACGGACCACCACGCAUCGUUACUCACUUCCACGAAUGGCAGGCGGGAGUGGGUCUGAUAGCACUUCGAACGCGCCACGUGGACGUAGCGACCGUAUUCACCACGCAUGCCACCCUGCUGGGUCGAUAUCUGUGUGCCGGCAACACUGACUUUUACAAUAAUCUUUCCAAGUUUCCUGUUGACGAAGAAGCCGGCAAACGACAAAUCUAUCACCGGUACUGUAUCGAACGGGCCGCAACUCAUUUGUCCCACAUAUUCACCACGGUUUCCGAAAUCACUGGCUACGAGGCGGAACAUUUGCUCAAACGUAAACCGGAUAUCAUCACACCGAACGGGUUGAAUGUGAAGAAGUUCUCCGCUAUUCACGAGUUUCAGAACCUUCACGCAUUGGCCAAGGAGAAAAUAAACGAAUUUACGCGGGGACACUUCUAUGGUCACUUUAAUUUUGACCUGGAGAAAACAUUGUACAUGUUUAUCGCCGGACGGUACGAAUUUACUAACAAGGGAGCAGACAUCUUCAUUGAAGCGUUGGCUCGGCUUAACCAUCUACUGAAGUCCAAUUUACCGGAUGUAACCGUAGUCGCAUUUUUGAUUUUCCCUACUAAGACGAACAAUUUUAACGUGGAGUCAUUGCGUGGACAUGCAGUUUGCAAACAACUGCGGGACACGAUCAAUAAUGUUCAGCAGCAGGUAGGAAAACGGAUGUUUGAAGCUUGCAUGAGGGGCCAUCUUCCCGAUGGUAACGAUCUGCUGACCAAGGAAGAUAUCGUCAAAAUCAAGCGUUGUUUGUACUCACUGAACCGUGACUCCAAUCCACCAGUGACCACUCACAACGUUGUAGAUGAUUGGAAUGAUCCGGUUCUGGAGUCGGUCCGGCGUUGUCAGUUGUUCAAUACGAAAUACGAUCGGGUCAAAGUUGUUUUCCAUCCAGAAUUUCUAAACCAAACCAAUCCAUUGUUCGGUUUGGACUAUGAAGAGUUUGUUCGCGGCUGCCAUCUAGGUGUGUUCCCGUCGUACUACGAACCAUGGGGUUACACACCGGCGGAGUGCACGGUGAUGGGCAUCCCGAGCAUAACUACUAAUUUGUCCGGCUUCGGUUGUUUUAUGCAUGAACACAUCGCAGAUCCCAAGUCUUACGGUAUCUACAUCGUUGACCGACGCCACGUCAGUUUAGAGGAAAGUGUUCAACAAUUGUCUCAGUAUAUGUACGAUUUUAGUAAACUGAAUCGUCGUCAAAGAAUCAUUCAGCGAAAUCGUACCGAACGUUUGAGCGAUCUACUGGACUGGAGAAAUUUAGGAAUUUAUUAUCGACAAGCCAGAAUUAAAGCACUGCAAACGGUUUAUCCAAAUUACGUAGAUGAAUCGGAAAGCUACCUCAAGAGAGCUGCUGACUUCAACUAUCCGCGCCCAAUCAGCGCUCCUCCGAGCCCCAGUUCUUCUAGGCACACCACUCCAGCACCAUCCCUGCAUGGUUCGGAUGACGAACAGGACUCUGUGAACUCGGAAGAGGAACUGGAAGAGUUGAAGAAAGUCAACUGUCACGACUAAGCCGCCUCACAUGACGGAGAAAAAAAAACAUGUUCAGACAACCUCAAAAUUGACAAAAGUAGAAUGACUCUAGAAAAACAAUCCACACGCAACCUGUUAAUUCCGAAACAACGUCGAUCGGGGUCAAUCUGGUUAAGCGGUAGCAGUUGUUUUGGCUAAUCUUGGCUUGCACUUCUGUUACCCUUCCAGGAACUUUGCCUCACGUUCUAGGGUGAUGGUUGCGUGGUUCCGGAUUUAUAAAUUUAAUCAUUUAGAAAUGGAUCCCAGUUACCGAGAGCAGCACUCCAUUGCCUGCCCUGAGAAAAUAAGACGCAACCUACUCUCGAUAGGGCCGAUAUUCAUAGUUCGUUUGUUUUUCGAUUAGGUUAGAAAAUAUGCUAUCUAGUUCACAAGUUAUCGCAGCUGUAGAACUACUUUUGUGUUCAGUCAUAAGAGUAAUGUUAAAUAGAGUUUAUCAAGUCACAGAGCAAAUUUAUGUAAUAAAUGUAUUUUUUUAUUUUUAUAA